UUUGUUUUUUUGUUUUUGAGUUUUGUUUCUUGUCGGUAACCGCGUUUCCACGGCAACCAUGGAGACUGUCAACAAAGCCGGUAAGAGCAGCAGGAGACGAGGGAGACGUAAAAACUGUGAACUCACCCACAGGGCUCCUCCAGGAGGACAGAUGUUUCCAGCUGUUGGGAGUCUGGAGAAGCUGGAUGUCAGUGUGAACACACAGGGUGAGUCAGCGCUCCACAUGGCCUGUCUCCAUGGCCACCUGGCUACAGUUCACCUCCUGCUGGAGUCGAGGCCGAGCUGGAUCAACAGCAGCGAUCACCAGGGUCUCCGACCUGUUCACAUGGUCCUGACCUCCCAGAGCUCACCCAACACCUCGGCGUGCCUCAGAUACCUGCUGGAGCACGGGGCCGACGUCAACGCCACCACAGAUUCAGGGACGACGCCGCUGCACCUGGCUGCCUCUGAAGGUUUCCUGGACUGCACGGAGAUCCUUGUACGAGCUGGAGCAGAUGUUUCGGCCCAGGAUAACGGGGGAUGCACUCCUCUGGAUUUAGCCCGCAUUUGGUGCCACAGGAAGGUGGCGAGGUUCCUGAAAAACUGCACGUGGCAGGAAGAUAAGACGAAAGAAAUGCAGGAGAGGAUGCUGGGUCAAGCCUUAUACAGGGAUCUUGUCGAUAUGAAACUGAACGAUCCUGUUAAAAAGACACUUACCGAUGUGAGGAUGGAACAGUGGGCAAGCAAGAAAGGUCUUCCCCUCCUGAAGAACUUCUCCCCCAGAGUCUUGGUGAGUCGGUACCACACCCAGUGCCUCCAAUCAGACGAGAACACUUCAAAUCUAAAGCAUCCCAAGCACCAAGCGGCAGGCCCUCAAGAGGACAAGAGCACCUCCGUCAAGCAACCUCCAGCCUUGAAACCCUGGGCCAUCUUUAUGCCGGAGAAGCCCUCCAUCGUGCUGGACCUCCGGGACAGCGUCACGGUGUGGAGGGACAGCAGCAGCAGGCAGCCUCAGUACAACACAAAGUGGGACACUAGGCCUUGCCUCGCCCCUGACCUGUCUCUGGAUGUCCUCGAGAGGGUGUUGUUCCCCAGAGAGUUCCCUUCGAGGAUCCCGUCCCCUCGCUACUUUGAGCCGCAGGACAUUGUGGAGGUCCAGCGCAGAGGAUACCCCCAGGGGCGGAGGACGUCCCCCUGGACAGAGGUGGCCAUGCACCUGGCUGAGGUGCUAGAACCCGGACACUACUGAUCAUCGCACCUGAAAUGAGUAAAUGUGCAUUAAAACUCAUCUGUAGUAACAUAUUUUGUAUAUUUUUACAUCCAAACUUGUUUAGGAAUCAUAUCCUUUGUUAGAUUUAACAUCUUUGUAGUUUUUAUAUCAAAUAACUCGUAUCGUAGACUAGCAGUGGCCUCUGUGCGACCUCACAUCCAGAGUAUCAACAGGCACGAAAGCAGACCUUUCCUAACAAAAUAUACUUCCGCCCGACAACUCAAGCUCAAAGUGACAAAAUUAAAAAUGCCACGGAGUCCAGACGCUGCGCCUCCGAAUGGAGGGGGUGAGUGAAAGGUGAGAAAACCUCAGUGAACUGGGUCACCUGUCACAGAUGUAUCCCUGCACUUUCCACGAUCCCCCUCAGGGAACCGACUCGGGGAUCCAGGUGAGGGCUUGUCAACAGCAUGUGUGUGUGCAACUGCGAGCUGUGGCCUGUCAGCUAAAGGUGUGUGUGUGUGUGUGUCACAGUUUUGUCUUUUUCCUUUAGUUCAUGAAGCACUUCACACCUCCACGGGGGUCAAAGUGCACACUAGCCACAACCCGGUGCACCCUCUGAGGCCGAGCCAUAUGGGACUUGGAGAGCAUAAUGCCAUUCAGCUCGACACACACACACACACACACACACACAGAUAUUCUUGUGAUGUUGGGGUGUGACAAGUGUUAGAAAAUCCAUUGUACUGCAAAUAAAUGUGAGCACUGAAUGGGUGAAUAUGCAAGAUUUAAUUGGAAAUGACGAGAAUGAGCACUUUUUUUUUUUUUUUUGCCUUUAUUUCCAACCUGUGAAAAGAACCAUUUCAUCUGCGUUUUUUCCAACAAAAUCUUCCUUUAUUUUAUUAUACACUUGUGUGCAUACCAGCCUACAAAUGGAUCGCACUCUGUAAUUGGUAAAAAGUAUUUCAGCCUUUUUUUUACUUUCAUCAAACCACUUUGCGCAGCUUUUGUCCUCCGCCGACUCAUUGCACAGGUUCAAUCUUCAGUUUUUGUUUUUUUUUCCCAUUUGUCUCUGAUGUCAGGUUAACUCAACGAUCAAUGUACAAAAGAAGUCAGUCUGUUAUUACUGUAAAUGUUUUUAAAAAGACAGGCAUGUUGCAGACUACAGCGCUGGUGAUUAAUGAAAAGUGUAGAUACAAGACAAGAAAACAAAAAAAAAGUGCAUUGUAUCAGUGGCCACAUGUCAGAGGCGUCACUCUAUUAAAGGAUGUUUAAUUAUUAUUAUGAAUGAAUCCUUUCCAAUUGCUUUUACUAACCCUUUUUUGCUGCGGCAGGGUCACGUUUUAGAAUCAGAAUGGGACGUCUCCAUAGAUCAGAUGCUGAUUCCUUACAAUUCAACUUCAGAUUGCCCUUUGUCAUUUAAAGCAAUAUGAGUAAGCACUUCUGUGGUGACCUAAGGCAUUUUCUGUGCAGCUGGUUUACAAAUCCAAGCAUGGACGUUAGAUUUUUUGCCAAAAAAUGCCUUUAAGCUGUCGAUCGAACCUUCAACUGAGGAGAUGUAGAGCUGUGUUUUGUCCCUGUAGUGCUACUUUGUGUUUGAAUCAUGAUGAAGUGUGAGCAACAUGACAGAAAAAAACAACAGGUGUCAUCUGAAGAAGAAACGUAAGAAAGAAGGAUUUAUCUGCUUAAGUCAAAACUGUUAAUUUCAGACCCCGCACGUAUCACAUUUUUAUACCAAAGCUUACAAAAUGGUGGAGUCCAAUGAGUCGAUUAGAAAGCGUUGCGCUACAGACGAGAUCCCCUAAGUGAGGUCUCUGUUAGAUGUUGUUGGCAGUCAGUACAGACGGACAAAAAAAAAAAA